CCAGGUAGUAUUAUUAUUAUUAUUUAACGUCGUAUUUACCCCUUUUAUUCAUCAGUCGUCUCCGAUUGUGAAGUGCGAUGUCGCCAUCAACAUGACGUCGGCAAGAUGGUUCGCGGGGAUAUUUAUAUUAGAAGGGCUUUAAAGGCACAUGAUAAUCGGCAGCGCGGGGGCAGCGACGGUAUCACCAGGCGGGACGGACUUGGGAAUGAUCGUGUCGAUGUAUUCCUGUGCAAUGUCCAAGUGCUGCUCCAACGUGUGGCGCAGGUGCUGGUUCUCCGCCAUGACCCGCGACAGUUCGUGGGCUUGUUGUUUGGCGAUGUCGGCCCAGAGCGGGGCGGGCGACUGAUGCAUCUGACUCACGCGCAGCCAUUCCAAGUGCCGUGUCAUGGAUCCCACUUCUUUCCGCAGAGCGUCGAUCUCGUCUUUCAUGCGGUUGCGUUUCUUACUUCCUAGAAGCUUUUUCAGUGGCUCGUUGUCGUCGUCUUUCUCGCCCGAUUCGCCGUCCGAGGACGGAUCCGAGUCCGCUUGCGCUGGUGCAACUGGAGGUGCAGCGGGGAUCGACGGCGUGAUGUGGAGGGGGUGCAUGGCCAUGGGAACCAUGGGGGGAAGCUGAUCGUUGUCUCUUCGCCUGUCGUGUGGAGGCGGCAUUGGUGCCCAUGUAGGCUCGGUCCACCGUGGCCGUUUGGACCCGAGGCAGUCGAGGUUGAUCAACGAUGGUGGCGCUGCAUGAUCCCAUCCCAUCGACUGCGGUGGCGGCGGUGAACGAGACAUGCCGUCGUCCAUCACUCCCCGUGCCAUGGGGAGAUAGUCUGGGCGUGGGUACAGGAUCGGCACCCUGGACACGGGGUCGGCAGUUCCUCGUGACGGCACCGAGCGCUUCAUGCUUGAGAUCG